AUGAUUAACGAGAAUAGGAGGUAAGAAAUAAUGUAAAGAUUGAAAUAAGAGAGAGAGCAAAGAAAGAAAAUGAUAUAGGAUGGGGAUUUAGAAACAGUUUAUGUAGAUAGAUCUUUAGUAGAAACACCAAGCAUUGGUAAAGAAGAAUAUUCAGAGACUUAAUCAUAAAUUACAGAUGAGAGCAAAAUUAGUUAAUUUAGUAGACAAACACCAGAUAUUUUGAAAAUCUAAUAGGAUAGGUUAUAAGUGAUGAAAUAGAACUUAUUGAAAAGUAAAGAGCCUAAAAAGCAGACAUAUUUUGAUAAAUUAGCUGAACCUAAAACUAUUGUAUAAGAAGAGAGAGAGCAUUUAAAAUAAGAAUAAGAAAAAAAGAUGGUAAUAAUAUGAAUAAUUUUAGUUGUCUGAGUUAUCUUUUAGACCUGAGUUAAGUGAGUAAACAAAUUUGCUUGCCUAAAUAAAGUAUUCUAAAUUUGAAGGAAUUCCAAUUUAUGAAAGACUUUAAAUGUUGGAAUAAGAAAGACAAGCACAUAUUGAAGAAUUAAAAUUAAUGAUUAAUUAAUAGGAAGAAGAAGAACCUUUAAAUAAAGCUCCAAGACCAUAUUGUGAUUAAGCUCCUUUAUAUGAAAGAUAUUAAUAAGUUAUGUAAGAUAAAAAGGCUUUGUUGGAUUAUUUGAAGGCAAAAUAAUUAAGAGAGGAGGAAGAUUUAUUUAAACCGAGGAUUAAUUUAUAAUCAUAAAUUUUAGCAGAAAAAAAUAAAAAAGAUGGUUUGAAUGUAGUUGAUAGAUUAAUUCAAGAUGGAAUAAGAAAAUAAAAUAUUGUUUAUGAAGAUGAUCUCCCUUAUGAUUUUCAACCAUAAACUAAUUAAUAAAUUAAUGAUUAGAUAGUCAAAGGAGAUUUUAAUUAGAGACAAGAUGAAUUUAUGAAGAAGUAACUUGAAAAGAAUAUGGAUUUAGAAAGCAAAGCUUAUAAAGAUUACACUUUUAGACCUUAAUUAAAUAAAUAAAGUGAAUAGAUAGCAAAUCGAAAGAUUUCUUAAGAUUCAUUGUUUGAUAGACUUUAUAGUGAAUAUCGAACAAGACAAUCUUAUAUUGAAGAAAGAAAGUAAGAAGAAAUUAGUAGAUUAAAUUUUAAUCCAGAUUUAAAUCCAAAGUCUAUGGAAAUGGCUGUUGAUAGAACUCUAUCAGAUUUGAUAAAAAAUGAAUAUGGGCAAUAUAGAAAAUAAUUAUUAAAAGAGGUUAAUUUAUAGAAUUAUUAUUAUAUAGAAAUAUGAUGAUUCUGAUAAAGAAUGCUCAUUUUAUCCAAGUGUUUCAACUUCUAUGAAAUAUUCAUAAAUGCAUUCCUAAUAUAGUUUUGAUGAUUGCCAUGAAAAAAUAAAGUAAUAUUAAACAGAUAGAGAACAAAGAAGAUCUCAAUUGAAAAAGUAAUUAUUUUACUAAAAAUAAGGCAGUAAGAGGAAGAAUAAUUAAAUUAGUGUACAUUUAAACCAUAAAUAAAUAAAAAAGCAAUAGAUACAAAAAAAUAAGUUGAAGUUUAUGGUUUGGAAUCUUUUAUGGUUAAAGUUGACAUGAAGAAUAAGAAAAAAGAUGAAUAAUAAUUAGUUGAACAAAAACUUUUUAAAAAGCAUGAAUAAUAUGAUUACAAUAAGCAUCAAGAAAAAACAAAUUGUCAACCAUUUAAACUAUCUAAUAAUUAAGCUAGUAAAAACUCAUAUAAAAAAUGA